AUGACACUCGACCUCAGCAACAACAAAUUCAAAGGGCGUUUACCAAAAUCUAUUGCCAACUGCACUGACUUGAAGGUCAUAGAUGUUGGGAACAAUCAAUUAAAUGAUACUUUCCCUUCCUGGCUAGGUGGUAUGCCACAGUUGCGGUCAAACAAAUUUUUUGGUGCAUGGGGAGCUCAGUGUAACUUCUCAGUGUUACAAAUUAUCGACAUUUCAACUAAUGACUUUUCAGGUCUUCUACCCAAAGAUUGUUUUUCAAGUUGGAAUGCCAUGAUAAUAAACAAACAAGAAAGAGACUGGAACCGCGAGGAUCAGAUAUUACAGAUUGAUGAUCUGAAAAUGGACUUCUAUUACCAACCAAAGGUGACAGUAACAAGCAAAGGGAUCGAUAUUGAAUUGGUGAAGAUUCUAACCACCUUUACGAGCAUUGACUUGUCAAAUAACAGAUUUGAAGGAGGGAUACCAGAAAUCAUUGGAAGUCUCACCGCACUUCGCAUUCUAAAUUUCACCGGCAAAAUUCCAUCGACUUUUGGGAAUCUCACACAUCUGGAGUCAUUGGACCUCUCGCGGAACAACCUCACAGGAAAUAUCCCUUUCCAGUUAGCAGGUUUAUCAUCCCUUUCGGUUUUGAACGUCUCCUUCAACAAACUGGUUGGGGAAAUUCCGUCAGGCACUCAAUUUCAAACUUUCGACUCCAGUUCCUUCCAAGGAAAUAAUGGAUUAUGUGGUUUUCCCCUGUCCAAAGACUGCAAGAACACUGUCCAGUCAAAUUCUAAGGAUGAAAAUGCGUCGGGAUCUAAGGAUGAAUUUGAGACUUUUCUGGGAUUUGUUGUAGGUGCAGGCAUGGUUAUUGGACCUCAAUAUUUUUGGAAGAAAGGGAGACAAUGGGUUAACAAGUGUAUCAACAAAAUCCUUCGUAUUCGUUGA